AUGCGUCUGAAUCAAAGGAGCAUAGCAAAGCAGCACUGCUCGGGGCGGCGAGUAGAAAUCGGAAUUGGUGGCCGGACGGACUGCCGGAAGGCUGACUUGGAAAGAAGCAGCACUUCACUGAGGUUAGGUUUCAGGAGACUCGCCAGAAAUUCCUCGAUGCAUCCGAUCGGGUCGGGUAACUCACUGUUUAAGAUGGGGAAGGAGAAGCCAAUUGGCCCUGGCGAUGCCCUCAUUGGGCCCGGGCCGAUUUAG